CCGCAAUCCGUAUCCUACAACGUCAUCCGUCUCCGUGAUCACGCUCCGGACUAUGUCUUUAACUUUGCAUUUUUCUUCGAGGAGCUGACCGUCGUUGUGUCCCGGCGAAGCUCUCAUAUAGCCCAACGAGCGGAGACAGGGUGAAAGACACGAAAGACACGGUGAAAGACACGCGAUUCCCCGUCGCGUUUAGGGAUUAGUAUGGCGGACAGGAGCCAGCCCGAUGAUUCGGCCUCGAAGGCUACAGCGUCUCAUCCAUCGACCAGGCGGUCUUCCAAUGCCUCCGGUGCGGAUCUGGCUGCUUCGCAGCAGUUUGGAACCGACAGCCAAAGUUCCGGUGAACUGUCCCGGAAGAAGCCUCCGCGCUCGCAGCCUAGGAUGGAGGGAUACGGGUCGAUUACAUCCCCAGCGAGUGGAGGACCUUCACGCUAUGCCGCAGGCUCACCCGACACGAAGGGCCUGAAGCCUUCUUUGAAACGCCGAUCAACAUCGCAUGGCCCACACCGAGGGCAAGAGUUCUCGGUAGAUGAUACGCUGGAAGAAGCGGAUAAGGAUCAGGCCUUACAUAGACAUCAACCAAAGGCCGGUACCCAUCCGAAGAGCAAAACGUCCACCAUUCGAAAACGCCCAACCCCCCAAAUGCCCGCUCUGGCAAAAGUUGAUUCGCAGUUGGAAGACGUUUACAUCGAACAAGAAUCUGCAAGCGCACAGACAAACCAAGAGCCAGAAUCGGCCACUCCAGAAGACACGGCAGUGCUGACGGAGGACGAAGAGGACGAACCCCCAGCUGAAGACGAGGGAGAUGUAAGUGACGCCGAGAGCUUCACUUUGAAGGACCGUCAGCAGGCAAUAAACGAGACUCAUCCCUUCGGUAUUCGUAUAUGGAAGCCGGCACUCUACAAGAAGAACCGCUCGGUCCAGAAGACAGCAGAACAGGAUGUUCAUUCAAUCCCAGGAGGCUUCGUGAGCAAAUGGCUGCUUCUCUUCAACCUGCUAUGGACUCUCCUUUUUGGCUGGUGGCUGGCUCUCAUUGCAUUCACUGGAGCUUUAACCUGCAUGUUUCUUGGGAUCUUCAACGGCUGCGCUGAUUAUGGCCGGGUUCUGCUUGGUCUUUCAUCCUACCUCUUCUACCCGUUUGGAAAGUAUAUCAAGCUGGUCCAGGACGACGCAUACAUAGACGAAGAUGAGGGCGAAGGCCGAAGCAUUAGCGAGUACGAGCGAUGGCAAAGUGGCGAUCUGGAAGAAGGACGUCUAUUCUUCGGUCCCAUCAUGAACCGAUCGCUCAUCGGACGAAGAAGACCUAGCGCAGAUUCCACUGCUGAAACCGAGAGUCUCCUUGGAAGGGCAGCUAGGGGCACAAUGUCGGACCGUUCUAAUAGCCAGCCGAAGAGAAGACUCUUCGGCAGAGGCAAAUGGACGGUCGGUCGGGUGGUCUUCUUCAUUUUCUUCUAUGGCCUACUAACUCCUUGUUUGUUUUUGGUUUCAGGGAUUUGCUGGUUCCUUGUCUUCACGAUACCCAUGGGAAAAGUUACUAUGCUUCUCCUAAGCCAUUUGCGUCGCCAUCCUCUAGCGCUCUCGUUCCAUUCGGAUACCUCGGACACCCGCCAACCGGGCACGAUCCUAGUCUGCACUUAUCGUGCUAUUGGCCCCAAGUAUUGGAAAUAUACGAUAGAUGGGACCAACAUUUUUCUCUUCAACUUCCUUGCGCUCGUUGCAUUCGUCAUUAUCGAUUUCUUCCUUCUUCGGGAGGCUCUUGGCCUAGAUAUCCUCAUUACGAACCCGUUCAUAAUUUUUGCAAUUUCCUUACUUUCCACGAUUCCCCUGGCCUAUUUCAUCGGUCAAGCAGUUGCAUCCAUAUCCGCACAGUCUUCCAUGGGUGUUGGCGCUACUAUCAAUGCGUUCUUUUCUACCGUUGUGGAAGUCUACCUCUAUUGCGUUGCACUCCAAGAAGGAAAAUCACAGCUCGUAGAAGGCAGCAUCAUCGGUAGCAUUUUUGCAGGCGUUUUGUUUUUACCCGGCCUGUCCAUGUGUUUCGGAGCGCUGAAGAGAAAGACGCAACGGUUCAAUGUCCAGUCGGCUGGUGUAACCUCGACCAUGCUUCUUUUCGCCGUCAUUGGGGCAUUUGCGCCGACAUUGUUCUACCAGAUCUAUGGAAGCCAUGAGCUACAAUGCCACCAGUGCGUGGACCAACUGCCGGGCGACCGUGACUGUCGUCGAUGUUUCUUCUCUCAAGUACCCGCUGUGGGAGACCACUUUUACCGAGAGGCUAUACAACCUUACACAUGGUUCUCAGCUGUCAUGUUGUUCUUGUCAUAUGUUACCGGGCUGCUAUUCACCCUUCGCACCCAUGCAGCGGUUAUUUGGAGCAAUGAACCGGACGAAAAGCGUGCCCACCUAGAAAGUAGCAUGAUCCACCAGGGUGUCGACCAUGCGGGGUUCUCUACUGGGAAUACGUUGAAUACACGGACCAAUACCGGAUUUGCGACGGGAACUGUCUCAAAGUCAGACGUCCGCGACUCACAGUUGUAUAAACGGAUCUUCGGCCAGACAGAACGACAGCUCCUAGGUCCGGGCGAGUCAGAGCACCAGCAGAGACCAGCCAGUCCUGUGGAAUCUCCAACGCCUCAUAUUGUUCCUCCCCCAGGCCGUGACAAUGCUCGGUUCCGGAUCGAGAGCCUCUCUGAAGAAGAUAACCGGAACCUAGUACGACAAGUCACCGAGAUUGCCACCACUGCUGCCACGAUUGCAACUCGAGAUGCGGUUCGAAAGCCUUCUGCCAACACCACACCCGCAGCAAAAAUGCAGCAACAGGAACGAGAACGUCUGGCGUUGACUCGCUUACCUACGACAACGACAGAGCCGGAAGGCCACCCUGCCACCGACGAACAUGGGGGCGGCGGACAUGAUGCGCCGAACUGGAGCAGGACCAAGAGCGCUAUGAUCCUUCUGAGCGCGACUGUUGCGUACGCCUUAGUUGCGGAGAUAUUGGUCAACACGGUUGACUCUGUGCUCAACAACUUUGAGGUUGAUGAGAAGUUCUUGGGAAUAACCUUGUUCGCACUAGUGCCAAAUGCGACGGAAUUCUUGAACGCCAUAUCAUUCGCCAUGAACGGUAACAUUGCCCUGUCCAUGGAAAUUGGUUCGGCGUAUGCCCUGCAAGUCUGCCUCCUACAAAUACCAUGCCUCGUACUCUUUUCUGCGAUUUACGCCGCUCAAUACCUUGACCCUGAAAGCAUCCCCGGUCAUACCUUCUCCCUCAUCUUCCCGCAGUGGGACAUGGUUACCGUCAUCCUCUGCGUCUUCCUCCUAUCCUAUAUGUACGGCGAAGGCAAGAGCAACUAUUUCAAGGGCAGCAUCCUCGUGUUUUCGUACUUUGUCGUUAUUUUCGGGUUCUACUUGAGCGGCUUUAAUAGCGACGCGUUGCUGGAGAUCAAUCCCACUGAUACACUCGCAAUCAACGGGCGUCUAAAACCUUUUACAGUCUACCGAGACAAGCCAACGGAGUUGUGAGUGGCAUUCAGGCCACGUGGGAGAGUUUGCAUCGGCAUCACCUGACUUGAGCGUCUUCGAUACUUAUUUCUGUUGCAUAGCGGGCGUCCUGAAAGUUGUUUAUUAUUCACUUCUACCUUGCGCGUACAGGCACUACGUAGUAGUACCGCUCUAAUGUUAAAUCAAAGAAUGUCAUCAGAUUAGUGGCUUCGAGAUUGAAAUGGAGCCUGAGGCACCAAGGCAAUUUUGCUACUUGACCCCUGGCCUCACUCUCCGGUUCGCAAAGUUUCCAUAUGUUCCGUGUCGCACGGCGAUCUUUGAGUCGAUGCCAUUUAUAUCUUCCGGUCUCUUCUUUGGGAUUAUUCCUCGGCAUUCCCGACUGAUCAAUUGAUCCAAUUUCGUAGGAUCAUACAAUGACAAUCCGCCACUCCGCAAUUGCGGUCAUUUUGUGGGGUAAUCUAUCCCUGACAGCUACAGCUUUGGGUG